CUCGUGUUUCCACGCCUCCUACUUUCACCCCCACUGUGGUGAAUCUCCGGCUCACACACACUUACACACACACACGCACACACACUCUUUGCCAGACUUCCAGGAGUUGGAGCCGCGGAUCGGAAGACGGAACACGGACAACGUUCACGACAGAAAACCCCCCACAACAUACGCGCCUUUUUACGCAUGGAUCUGUUUUCGUCUCCGGAGGGAUUUCUACGAGGUGCGAUGCUUUGCGCGGCUGGGAAUCUCGGAGUCUCGCACGGGAGCGACGGAGCCCACGUCCCCUCCGCUGCAAAGUUGUAAAAGAAAAGUAGUUUCCCCCCCCCCACCUUGGGAAGUUUUCUCCUCUUCUUCCGCCACCAGACGUUUCUCCAGCCCCCCCUUUGCAUGCGCGGACCCUCGGCCACCAUGGCGCGGCGGACAGCGGGGGGACCCGUGGCUUUGACGCCGAGCGGGCGCGCUGCUUUCCGGGAUAAGCACCGUCGGUUUCGCGGGGGCUCGCUGGCGCUUUCGUGGGGCUUCGUGUUAAUGUGCUCGGCGGCGCUUUCUUGUGGAUACUGCGGAGCCGACACGGAGUUUUCCAUCCUGGAGGAAGCGCAAGUUCUGGCGGAUCAGAUGAAGAAGCUCUCCUCGCAGGAGCUGGGAGUCUUCACGAUGCAGAGGAUCUUCAGCUCGUUUACGUACACGGAGAAGACAUCAAACGGAGAGACAGAAGUGCAGCAGUUGGCCAAGAAGAUUCGGGAGAAGUUUAACCGCUACCUGGAUGUGGUGAACAGGAACAAGCAGGUGGUGGAGGCGUCGUACACCGCCCACCUCACGUCUCCGCUCACUGCGAUACAGGACUGCUGCUCCAUACCAGCAUCGAUGAUGGACUUCGACGGAAACUUCAACACCAACGUCUCCAAGACCAUCUGCUGCGAUAGACUUUCCCCCACCGUCAACAGCCGGGCGUUCAACCCAGGACGGGACCUCAACUCAGUGUUGGCAGACAACCUGAAGUCCAACCCGGGGAUAAAGUGGCAGUACUUCAGCUCAGAGGAGGGCAUCUUCACCGUCUUCCCUGCCCACAAGUUCCACUGCAAAGGAAACUUCGAGCACCGCAGCAGGCCUGUGUACGUGUCUGCAGUGCGUCCCCAGUCUAAGCACAUCGUGGUGAUGGUCGACCACGGAGCAUCUGUCACCGAAACGCAGCUUCAGAUCGCGAGGGACUCGGCGCUCGUCAUCCUAAACGCCAUAGACGAGCACGACAAGAUCUCCAUUCUCUCAGUGGCAGAGGCGGUUCGUUCCUGUGCUCUGGACCAGUGCUAUAAGAGUCUGCUGUCACCGGCCACCAGCGAGACCAAGAGGAAGAUGAGCACCUUCAUCUCCAACAUCAAGGCUUCAGAUGCGGCCACGCACCACGCCGGGGGCUUCCAGAAGGCUUUCCAGCUGCUGAGAAACACCACCAGCCUCAGCAGGCAUAGUCCCACGACAGACAUGGUGAUCAUCUACCUGUCGUCCGGUAUCACGACCCGGGAGUCGUCGGAGCAGGAGAAGCGAGCGACGCUCAGCGUGGUCAGAGAGGAGAACCGCCACCUCAACAACUCCGUCAUGAUCCUCACCUACGCUCUCAUGAACGAGGGAGUAACGGGCCUGAAGGAGUUGGCCUUCAUGAGGGACCUCGCGGAGCAGAAUUCUGUGAAGUACGGCGUGGACAGAGCAGGAGACCGGGACCGCUUCUCUGCGUCGUCGUCUGGGUCGUCUGGAUCUUCGAUGAUACCGGUGGUGAAGGGGAGCAUGAUGGUUCUCAACCAGCUGAGCAACCUGGAGACGACAGUGGGCCGCUUCUACAUCAACCUCCCCAAUCGUAUGAUCGACCUGGCCGGCUUCAGCCUGCCCUACUCCGACCCCAUGGGAGACGGAUUUAUCAUGACUGUGAGCCGACCGUGCUACUUUGGGAACCUGCUGCUCGGCGUGGUCGGGGUGGAUGUGAACCUGGCCUACAUCUUGGAGGAUGUCACCUACUACCAAGACUCGCUGGCCUCAUACACCUUCCUCAUCGACAACAAAGGCUACACCCUGAUGCACCCGUCACUGACGCGGCCCUACCUCAUGACGGAGCCGCCCCUGCACACAGACAUCACCCACUACGAGAACAUCCCCCGAUUCCACGUGGUCCGGCAGAACAUCCUCAACCUCCCUCUGGGCAGUCAGGUCAUCGCCGUUCCGGUCAACUCGUCUCUGUCGUGGCACACCAACCGACUCCGGGACAACACCAAAGACGCGUACAAUGUCAGCUACGCCUGGAAACUGGUCCAGGACACGUCGUUCAUCCUGUGCAUCGUGUACGUGCAGCCUGAGAUCCCGGUGAAGCACCUGAAGAACCUGAACACGGCUCCCAGCUCGAAGCUGCUCUACCACCGCUUGGACCUGCUGGGUCAACCCAGCUCCUGCCUGCACUUCAAACAGCUCGCCACUGUCGAAUCCCCCACAGUGAUGUUGGCAGCCGGCAGCUUCUCCUCCCCCUACGAGCACCUCAGUCAGCCAGAAACCAAGCGCAUGGUGGAGCACUACACCGCCUACCUGAGCGAUAACACCAGGCUCAUAGCCAACCCAGGCCUCAAGUCCUCUGUCAGGAACGAGGUUAUGGCGACCAGUCACGUCACGGAUGAGUGGAUGACACUAAUGGAAAUGAGUAGCCUCAACUGCUACAUUGUGCGCCGUUACAUAGCAACCCCCAGUGGGGUGCUCCGGAUACCGGGAUCACUGAUGGACAAAGCCUUCGACCCGACCCGCAGACAAUGGUACCAGCAUGCUGUGGCCAACCCUGGACUCAUCACCUUCACGGGGCCAUACCUGGACGUGGGCGGGGCCGGAUACGUCGUCACAAUCAGCCACACCCUCCACGCGUCUAGCACUCAGACGGCCCCUGGUUACGCAAUAGCCGUGAUGGGCAUAGACUUCACCCUGCGCUACUUCUACAAAGUCUUGCUCGACCUGCUGCCCAUCUGCAACCAGGACAAGGGCAACAAGAUCCGGUGCUUCAUAAUGGAGGACAGAGGGUACCUGGUUGCACACCCCACUCUCAUUGACCCCAAAGGUCAUGCCCCUGCAGAGCAGCAGCACAUCACGCACAAGGAGCCGCUGGUUGCGAACGACAUCCUCAACCAUCCCAAUUUUGUCAAGAAGAAUCUGUGCAACAGCUUCAGCGACCGCACGGUGCAGCGCUUCUACAAGUUCAACACCAGCAUCGUGGGGGACCUCACCAACCUGGUCCAUGGAAGCCAUUGUUCAAAGUACCGCCUGACCCGGAUCCCAGGCACCAACGCCUUCGCCGGUAUCGUCAACGAGACGUGUGACUCCCUGGCGUUCUGCGCCUGCAGCACCGUGGACCGACUCUGCCUCAACUGCCACAGAAUGGAGCAGAAUGAGUGCGAGUGUCCCUGUGAGUGCCCCCUAGAGGUCAACGAGUGCACAGGCAACCUCACCAAUGCUGAGAACAGGAACCCGAGCUGCGAGGUGCACCAGGAGCCGGUCAGUCUGAAUGUGAUUGAUCCCAGUCUGCAUGAGACCCUGCCCCAGUGCAUCAACACCCGCUGUAGCCAGAGAUACACCAGCAGCGACUGUUUUGGCGUGUUGGACUGUGAGUGGUGCAUGGUGGACAGUGAUGGUAAGACCCACCUGGACAAGCCGUACUGCGCCCUGCAGAAGGAGUGCUUCGGAGGCAUCGUCGGUGCCAAGAGUCCCUACGCGGACGGCCUGGGAGUCCUGGAUGAAGAGGUGGCGUCUCUGAACAUGAUCAAGAGCGCCCCCGUGGGUCCGGUCGCUGGGGGCAUUAUGGGAUGCAUCAUGGUGUUGGUGCUGGCUGUGUAUGCGUACAGACACCAGAUCCACAGGCGCUCUCACCAGCACAUGUCACCACUGGCUGCACAGGAAAUGUCAGUGAGAAUGUCGAACCUGGAUAAUGAACGAGAUGAGAGGGACGAAGACAGCCACGAGGACAGAGGCAUCAUCAGCAACACGAGAUUCAUAGCUGCGGUGAUCGAGAGACACACGCACACUCCCGAGCGGAGGCGACGGUACUGGGGACGAUCCGGGACAGAGAGCGACCACGGUUACAGCACCAUGAGUCCGCAGGAGGACAGCGAGAAUCCGCCCGGAAACAACGACCCGCUCUCGGCCGGCGUGGACGUGGGUAACCAUGAUGACGACAUGGACCUGGACACGCCGCCCCAAACGGCAGCGCUGCUCAGCCACAAGUUCCACCCCUACCGGCACACGCACACGCACCACCACCCGCUGCACACGCACCACCUGCAGGCCGCGGUCACCGUGCACAGUGUGGACGCAGAGUGCUGAUCCUCAGCGUGGCGUUGCCCCUCCUGCCAGGGACCUUAUAUUUCUUAUUAAUGACUAUUUAAAAAAAAGAAAACAUUUGUGCUCGAUUAGACAGUUGGGUACGGUCAGGAUGGACGGAGGGAGAGAGAUGCCACAGCUGGACUCGAACCCAUCGUGCCACUGAGCUGCGGACACUUCCUCCUCAGCUCCUUAUGGGUAUUAGCCUCAUGGUGUCAUUGUGCCAACAUCUCAUCCCUUUUUCCACUGAUCCCAGUCUAACAUCUGGGAAGUGCACACGGUUUCACAGACACCGACCAGACCUGGGCCAGUACAAAUAACUAAAUGGGGAGUUUUUCUUUGUUUUCUAAAGAAAGUUGGCAUUCAGGACUCUGUACGUGUGCAGCUUUGGGAGCCAGCGCUGCCUGAGCUCAUUCAUUGACCUUCAACGAGGAGAGGACACAAGUUGAACCUGAAACCCUCAAGAAAGGACAAACUUCUUCGUUUUCCUCCAGAAGGCCGCAGCAAACACUAUUGGAUCAGUGGAUAAUCAAAUUAAACCUGGAGCCUGAUGUUGCCCCAGGGCUCCAUCCCAUAAUUACGGAUUAUACCACAGCUUUACUCUCCGUGGUUCUGAAGAUAUAGACACUUCCAAGUAUUUGCCUUUUUUUUCAAAAGGAGAAGCUGCUGGUUCUUUUAUAAAGCGGUUUGAAAAGCUAUUUGAACUUUUUCAUGAAUGUCUGUGAACAAGUAGCCGAAACAUUCAGUGGUUCACGCAAAUACAGAAGAAAAAAUCACUUAAAAAGAGGAAAAUGUUAUUUUUCUACUAUUUAUUAAAAGAGGUAGAUUUUCAGGACAGAUGAGCUAGAAGCUGCCGCUAACACACAAACACGUCACUAAUCAGGAAGAGUGACAUGUUCUUCUUAUAACCAGUGCAUCAUUUAGAGCUCAUUAUUUUUUAAUAUUUCUCAUACAACAGACCAUGUGACAACUGGAUUAUUUUUUACAUUUUGUUUUAUUUUUCAUAUCAUAGUGAUUUUUGGUUCAUAAGCAGCAGCUUUUUCUACAUUUUCCUUCCUCUUUCUUUUCCUCCUUCGUUACCCAGAAGUAUCCUCUCCACUAAAUUAUCCUGUUUACUAUAAAGUCCAGGGAAAAGCUUCCUCUUUAAGCGAGACACAUUUCUGGACGAGCGAGGACCCGAAGAUCUGAGUCAGAAUCAAAUUGAGGUUUGGGAGCAUUUCGGACGGCACAUGGGCCGUGAGACGUGGAACAUUUCUCUCUCCGUGGUCACGGUUUUGAAUCAGUGAGGUGUUUGUGUUCUCGUGAGGUAAAAAUCCUCAUUCUGGACACAUCCUCAGGAGGCAGAACUUUCUGUGCUCGCUGGACUUCUCAAGCCUCCUGGAGGUGUGAGGGGGAGAGUUAACAACGGCAAAACAUUCCUGGCUUUAGUCACUGCCGGGGAUUUAGUGUGUGAGGAUAAUUGGGGACGAUCGCAGGGGUCCUGAGAGAGUCACAGAGAUCGAGUGCUGUCCCCUCUGAUCGCCUGGGUAGAAAAAACCAGCACAGAAUGCUGUCUCUUUUUUGUUCCACCUUAUUUGUGUGCUGGAUUUUUGUGUAAAUCAAGUUUAAUUUCUAAUGAUGCGUGAGAUGGAGUCUCCUUCCUGUCAGAGAGAAGAACGAGGGAGAGAUGCUGCUGCUGCUGUUCAGAGGUUACACCCAUCUGUCGACUCCUCUGUGGUUAACCACUCAAAAUGUCUUUUCUACACCUCUCUGGUUUUACUGGUGUGUAUGUGUGUGUGUGUGUGUGUCUGUGUGUCUGUGUGUGUGCGUGUGUGGAAUGAAUGGCUACCCGUCUGGGACAUUUUCUUGGAUUAUUGUAUUUUUCUCAAGAUAAUAAUAGAGAAUUAUAGGUGAAAUUAUUAUAAUUGAGAAAAUCCACCCUCUUUUAUUCCGAUGAAGAGUCACUCGACCCGACCUGUGCUUCAUGGCCGGCGUGGCAUCUGUUUACUUGUGGGCGCCAACAUGUCUGUUGUUUCUUCAGAGAUUCAUUAUGAAGUGUAAAUACAGAAUCACAAAUAGCUAUUAAUGUCCUGUACACUCCAUUUUUUUUUAUGUUGGUAAGACAUAAUGUAAGCUUCAAAUGAUGCUCAGAUAUUCGGGUUGAUAUUUUUUUGAUUUGUCUGUUCACGGUGUCUCACUAUAUUUCUGAUGCCUUGGAUGUUUUUAUUUUAUUUUUAGAUAAAUUUUUUCUUUAGGUCCAUAUUGGAUGGAAGUCAGUACUUGGAAAAAAAUUAAUACACACUUUUAUGUUUGAGAGACGUCUAGUUUAAAAAAAAAAAAAAAGUUUUAUCGUGUGUCUUGAAAAUGUUUGAGAAAGCUAAUUUAGAAUCAUGAAAUAACGGUACAUCUUUUCGCUGAGUUAAAGGCUCAGCGUGGGUUCCCAAAACUGGCAGCUAAAAAAAAAAAAACUGCUUUAUAAUUUGACACCACUAACAGAGCAGAGAUUUAAAACACACUUUAUGGUAUUGCCUUCAAAAUCUAUAACGUACUCCUACUAUAUGUAGUGGGUCAAAUAUUCCACUAGUAAUCGCAUAAAAGGUUUCGUCAAAGUUGCAGUCAAAUAUUUUCUACGGUAUUUGGUUCAGUUUGACGUCGGCAUCUCGUAGUGUCUCACGUCGAACCAUAGAUCAGAUGCAGUCUUGCGAGUGUCCUCUGAUGUGUGUGAAUGUCGGGGCGAUUUCUUUUCCUCCAAAAUGGUUUGAUGUCACAGGCAUUUUUUUUUUCUCUGGAGAGCUUUUAAACAGUAUUUACCAGCCAUUGUAAAUGAGUGUGUGUGUGUUUCUAUACAAGAACACUCUGAAUUGCAUUAAUUAAUGUACUGAAGGAACAUAUGUACAUCAACCCCCUCCCUCAUGUAUCAUAUAAAGUUAUCAAAUUGAGAUUUAUUGCAAUGUGAAUGUGAUAAAGUCCAUUUUACACUUAAAUUGUGUUUUUGUUAUUGCUGCCUCUUGCUACGCACAUUUUCUUUUACCGAAACAAAUUUUUAUACUUCGAGUACAGUGGAAGUUCCUGAGAUCUCGUGUUGACCUUGUGAACCCAGCAGCUCAGGAACUUCUCCAGGGAAUUCCUUCAAAUUUGGUCCAAACAUUCACUUGAAUUCCCAAGAUGAACUGAUUUGAUUUUGGCGGUUCAAGGCCAAGGUCACCUCAUGUUCUCGUGAACGUGAUGUAACUGGCACACCCACCUCUGGCCCAAACAUUCACUUUGACCCGACGGAUGACCUGAUUACAAUUCGGAGGUCAAAGGUCAAGGUCACCGGGACCUCACAAAACCCUUUUUUCGCCCCAUGAAUGUGUGACGUGUGUUACGGAGGAAAUGCUCAAACACAGAAGAGCAAUCCAAGUCCACACAAAGCUGCUGACCGGAUAACAAAGAAAGUUUGUGCCAGUUAAUCUCACUUCAUGGAAAACAAAUAUUUACUAAUUGUGUCUUUCUAUUGUCGUUGUCAUGACACAGGUCACACACAACCCGGCCUGCGCACAGUAAACCAGGGAGAUCAUCUCCCAGGGAUGUUUGUGUGUGUGACCCUGUAUUCACGCUCCCUCACAUCUGAGUUUUAUUGUCCGAUGCCUCUGCAGCCUGUUCGACUCCCUCUGGUUCACAUGGGGGACAUUUCUGACACUUACUCUGCAAAUUGCUGCACUCUGUUUGGUCGGGGGGGAUUUUUAAUGAGGUGCCGAGGUAAGAAUACAAAAUGUGCGUAUUGUGUUUUAUGUUUAAAGGAUUAUCUGGGCUUGUAAACCUUGAGAAAUCGCAAACCCCUCAAGUCCGUUUUAACUCUUGACCCUUACUUCAAGAAAAGGGCAUUUUCAGAAUAAAAUGGUGUUUCAGCUUCAAUCUGCACGUGGCUCCAUAGGGAUAUUGUAUUUUUAUUUUUUUUUUCAAGCUGUUGGUCAAAGGUCAUGCAGUUUGUGGGUGAAGGAAGAAUAGUGGUAGAGUAUAUUCUGCCUUGAAGACCUCUCUUAUUUAUGAGGCUUUUCUGUCCAUGCAGUGUUUCCUGCCGGGGGAUCUGGGAACAGCCACAGGAUGGAGAAGCAACAUGGAUCUGAUUCAAUACAGCAAGAGGCCACUUUGGUUUAGUGGGAAAAGAUCAGGGUGCUGUUCGAGUGUUUGUUCCCUUUGUUGCAUGUUGGCCCACCAUGAUUUUCUAACCAUAUAAUGAGGUUUUUAACAAAUAAUUGUGUUAAAUGUGCAUUAAUAUAUAGUAAACAUAUAAUACAAGCUACAUCAAUAAAUGUAAAAGUACAUUAUAAUGUGCUUUAAAUAAUAGGUUGUAUGAUUAAUAUCACAGUGACAAAUUACCUACCGACCUUGUUAAGGAGUUAAAGGAUAAAUCUGGCGGUAUUCAUUUUUACAGCAUCUUUGGUCUGAGUAUUGUUCAGAUCUGCAACUACUGAUGAUUUUCAUUAUGGACUAAUGUGUUGAAUAUUAUUGCAAUUUCUUGUUGUGUCAAUUAAGUGCAAGGGGAAAUAUAAUUUGCCGAUAGUAUGUUUUUGGCUAUAUAGCUUAAAAAACAGUCCAUAACCUAAAUGUAUGCAGUUAACAAUCAUAACAUAAUUUUUUAUUAAGAAAAACAUCCAAUUGUUAAUAUUAAGAAGCUGGAACCAGUUCAUUGUCUGUACUUUUGGUUAAAAAAACCCAAACUGAAAUCAUUGCUCAAGAACUAUUUUGAUAAUUAUUUUGUCGAUUGACUCAAUCGAUCAUUUAAUUGACUUAUCUCUGCUGCUCUAGAGGUUUUGUCUGCAGUAAUCUUUCUAAAUUGUUGCAAUGCUGUGUUCACAGUUUUGCAAAGAAUUCCAGAAAAAUAAAAAAUUCAAAAGCCGAA